AUGCAUGGCGGUCCAAGACCCCCUGGUCCCCCACUCCACCACCAGCAACAACUACCUUACGGCCAAGGUCACUUUACCAAUAUGCCACAGCAGCCUGGCUUUAACAACAGCCACUCCCAAUCGCAAUACCCUCCCUCGUUCAAUAACCACGGACCCGGUGGGUUCAGUGGACCACGCCCAGGACCAGGACCAGGACCAGGACCUGGACACGGGCAAGGGUUUAGCCCCAAUCAUGGAAUGGGACCUGGCCAUGGCUUUGGAGGAGGCGGACCUGCGCCAGGAGGGAUGGGAGGUAGUCCUCGACCUGGAUUCUCGCCUACGCCCAACCACUCCAACAUGAUGAUGAUGCCACAGCCACCGGCAAGGCAAGAGUGGCCAGUCUCGGGAAGACCUCCAAAUAACGGAUACCCUCCACAACACGGACCUCCAGGACCGGGACCAGGACCAGGGCAUAGUAUGGGUCCACCACCUGGACAGUCGCCGGGAUUUAUGCCAAGGCCGUUUGGCUCUCCUGCAAUGCCUCCACCACCUAGGCCAGCAUUUAACAACCAGCCGCCAUUGCCAUUCAAUAAUCAGCCCGGCUUCAACGGAUCGGUCGCUGGACGCCCUUAUAGCCCCAACGUGAGACCCGCGCCAACACCCAACCUCCCUCCUGCUCAGAUGCCCCCAACAUCUACACAUCCACCAUCAAAGUUCACGGAAGGACCACCAGCACAUACCAACAUUCGUCCACCUCACCCGGUGGUACCUUCCAAUCCUCUUGCGAACCCAAUGACCGCCCUUCCAGCGACAUCGUACCAGCCAAAGACAAAGUACCAGGCUGCCCCAGCCCCUUCGCCUCAAAAGGACCCUGCAAGGCCCCUCGGCAUGCCUUCACCCAGCCCCUCCUGGCAAUCAACAUCUGCAACGGGACAGAAUGCCAGCGGCUACCAGACCUCUCAAAGCCAACACCGACCCUCAAUGCACCCAACAGAGUCGUAUGACGCCGAUGACAGACCCACCGAGCUCAUUCCUCUCGACGACGAAUACCAGCCAUUGGUAAAGUCGAAUGCAAUGUCGCUUUUGCAGUCGCCUUCGACUGUCCCUUCGAUUCCCAAUUCUGCGGCCGUGUCGCCUUCGCUGUCCUUCACGGCUGUGUCCUACCUUCCAUCGUCGCCUAACUUCUCGGAAGCGGACAGCCGCCCAACAGAGAUGCCAGAGAGUGAACCCAUCAGGAAAGUGGAACCUUUCAAGCCCGAGCCUUUCAGACCCACUGAACCAGCCUCAUCCGCUCAGUCGCAUAACAAGACUCCAUUGACACCCUUGCCUUCGUCUGGUAUCACAUUUCAGGGUAAUAGCAGCACCUUUACUUCCUCGUCAUCCUCCUUUACUCCUCCAACCACCUUCACACCCCCAGCAUCCUUUGCUCCCUCGUCGUCCUCUUUUACACCCCCAACAACCUUUGCUCCCUCGACCACUUUUGUUCCCUCAACCUCCUUUGUCCCCUCGACAACCUAUAAGCCCACCAAAAAGGAUACCCCCAAGUUUCCAUCGACCCCGCAGCCGUCACAUACUCCUGGAUUCGAUCCCACUGUCAAGGUUGAAAUUUCGGAUCUCAGACCAUCUUCGUCCGCGCCGUUCGGAGAAAGCUCCAAUAUCAAAGUCGCCAUUGACGAUAUCUCUCCUACGCCAGCUCGUAAACCCCUGCCUGCCACGGAUUCUCUCGACAGCCCUAUUUCGUUGGAUGGAUUGAUGGAAAGCAUUGAGGCGAUGACCAAGCCCAACUCGACACUGUCGACCUCUACCACCUUUACCGCGUCGUCCAAUGCUUCUCAACAGACGACUUCCGCCGACUAUUUCAAGCCGCUACCCUUGAUCGGCGGAGAGUCUGACGACCAAAAGAGAUACUCACUGUCAGAUGGACCUACUAAUGCACCAGGAUCAUCCCAGUCGCCGCCUGUCUCGCGCUUGGUCCCCAAACGGCCUGUCAGCAACUACACUCCACAGCCAGCAGUUGACCAUAAUACCCAGCAACAUUUCAACAACGAUACCACAGCGACUCCGCCAGUCUCGACGCCGGCUCUUGCGCCUUCUGGCCAAUUCCAGGGGACCCCCUUCACCACUCCGUCCCCAUCUGUGUCUCAGCCAUCCCUCCCGUCGCCCCAGCCUUCACGGCGCGAGGAAGCGCAACAGAUCUCCUUCCAGCCCUCGCCCCAUCAACAGAACCCACUUCACCAGAACAAUCAAAGCAAUCACAACGACCACAACAACCUGAGUAACCACAGCAGUCACCUCAACCAACACCACGGCCGACUGGGUGGGGAUAUGGCAAUUCUAAACCAGCCAGAGUUUGCACAUAACCCAAUCAUGUCCAUUGCUGCAUUGUCGGACCGCCCUGUUCAGAAGGCUCCAUCGAUGAUCCGACGUGGCAAGACCCUGCGUCGGGCGGCGGGAAUGACGGGAGUUGCUCAUCCACCCGACAUCUCAUCAUCUGCUCCUGCGCCUCCUGCCAAAGUAACGCCCGAUGAACUUUAUCCCUAUUUGCUUAGGCUCGUUUUGUUGGCCCAAGCUGACGAGGUACCGCCUCCAUCACAGCCCCUUCCUGUUACCAGCAAGGAUGCCUACAAGGAUCUCAUCAAGGCUCUGAAGCCACGAUUGAAGGAUAUUCACGCUGGGAGGGACAUGGCAUACCAGGACCCUGUUGUCAAGAAGGCUCUGAUUGCAAUGGAACCCAAGUUUAAGACUGCAACCAACGGAGAAGACUUGGUAUUGGGUUUCUCUAUUGAGAUGACCAGGAUUCAGCAAUCCAUAAAUAUACCCACCACCAGCCGAGAUUCGCAAAUGGCCAUCAUGGCUGGUCUCUUGCGCGACGUGAUCCAGAAGGAUCCUUUCACUGGUCACGAGGCCGUCAUGCAACGCUUGGACAGUCUCGUCAAGACCGUGACCGUCAAGCCCAAUAACUCUGCCGCGCAGACGGAUGGCCUUACCAAGGUCAUCAAGGAGCUUUUCAGAAUGCCAGAAACCGUCCGACAUUCCAAGAUGAACGACCUCCGUAAGAGUUCAACCAAGCAGGCUGCCAUCGAGGAUUUCAAGAAGUGUGCUUCCAACCUUGAGUUGGAUUUAUUCCCAUACCCUGGUAUCGGCGACUACCAUCACAGGGACCAUCACGAAGAGUUCAAGAACAGAGAGCGGUCAGCCCUUUCAGGAAACAUCCGCGCUCUCUCGGCGGGCCAUCAUGCAUCCCUUGACAUGCCUUCACGACAGUUCCAUCCCAGCGAAUUCGUGUUUGUUCCUCAGAACCCGAAGGCAUACUACCACUUGCUACUGGAAAUGUGUGUCGACCACGCCCUUGCCACACGCCAUCAGGACGACUUGGCUGCCAACUUGAUUUCUCCACCAACAAAGGCGCUGUUGAAGGAAUGCGGUGUUCGCUGGAGAUUGACGUCCAGCUGGAGGGAAAUUAUAUUAAUGGAAGUCAUCAAGGAACGGUACAGGGAGGCCAAGGUCUCAGUCGGCUUCUUGCUCGAUUUCCUCCAGACAAAGUUUUAUAAAGAUGCGGAUGUGCAUCAAUGGCACAUUUCCGAGGUCAACAUGUUGGGCGAUGUCUAUGGAGGACUGAACCAUAUGAUCUUUGACAAUAUCAACCACGACAUCAAAGAUUUGGGCAACGUCAGCGCAGAUUACUUCCGACCCAUGCUGGAGAUUCUGGAUCGUGUUCACCAACAGGAGGUCUACCAGCGACUGAACGUCGAGCUCAAGCCAUUCUUUGACGACAUUACGGAUACAGUAUUGACGGAAUCGUUCCAAAAGUAUAGGGAAAAGGAUGAAGAAAUUCAGAAGGAGCCCUACGAGAACGAGACUGUGCCCUUGUCCCAGAUGGCGCUUUACAUUGUCUCCGAGCACGCCGUCAUGAAGAAGCGCUUCCCCAAGCCAUUGUUCGGAACUGUCGAUGUUGCUGGAAUUGUGGUAGAGCACAACCUCAGGAACUUUGUGCCUCUAAUGCAAAAUAUGGCCAACAUGGAUGGAAGAAAGUUGCCUACAGGCGAUGUUUUCCCCCUCUAUCAGCUGUGCCGUGAGUUGGUCUCGCUCUUUGAGGAGUAUGCACCAAGCUCAAGCGUUCACUUUAACAUCUCGACAUGGUUCAGACCGUAUGUUCUCAAGUACCUGGAGGACCUGGACUCCUCUAUUUUGGGUUGGGUGACAGCCGCCAUUCAGCAAGAUAAGUUUGAGGAAGUGAGCGUAGGUGCAGGCCACUCUUCGUCUGCAAGCGAUCUAUUCGCUUUUUUCUAUGACCCUCUGCGAUGGAUCCGUGGAUUAAACUGGUCUAAUGACUACCAGCGUGCGACUUUCAUGUCAAAGCUGGCCAAGGUCUUUUGCAAGGCUGUCGACCUUUACGCACAAUAUAUGGAGUCCAUGUUCCUGGAGUUCAUGCCGUCGUCUGUUUCCGCCGUGACGUCCAAGGAGGCCAAGUCGUUCUCGGAGCAGUUUGCAUCUUUUACUUUCCGGUCUGAGAGUGCCGAGGCCAAGAAGGCGUCUCGCUUCGUCUUUACACCCAAGAUGUGUGUUUUGAUGAACAACAUCGAGGCAGUCCGUCAGCGAUUGGAUGAGCUGUAUCGUGACAUGGAUGUGGACGAGAUUGUCCAGAUAUUGAGGGACAACGAGCCAGCGCCAGAGCAGACAGAAGAGGAGCCCCACCAGUUUGAGGUGGUUAUUGUAUCUGCAGAGAGACUGCUUCCUAUGGAUACGAAUGAGAAGAGCGACCCCUACGUGGUUCUGUCUCACGAAGAGAAGGAGCUGUUCAGAACAAAAACGAUCUAUGCCGACAUCAAUCCCCGCUGGAACGAGGUUUACGAGACGACGUUGACAAAGGAAAUCACGUAUCUCGUUUGCGUUUAUGACGCGGAGAAGACGCAAAGUAACCGGUUAUGCGGUUGGCAGUACCUUUGCAUCGACCCUCAGGAGUAUGAGGAUUACAUGCCUCAUGAUGUUUGGCUGGAUUUGGCCCAGAUCGGUCGACUUUUGUUGAGGAUCACGAUGAAGGGUGAGCGUGAUGAUGUCCAGUUCUUCUUUGGCAAAACCUUCCGAUCCCUCAAGCGCAAGGAGGCUGACCUCAGUGGCAUGAUUGUCGACGCUAUGAUCCCAAGUGUCCAAGCAUGUUUGACGGAGAAGGUUCUGUUCAGCAACUUUAGGUCCAAGGCUUCGUUGCUCGGAUUCUUCAACAGCUCGGUUUCAUCGGCCAAGGUGACUAAGGUGUCGGAUGAGGACUGCGACAACGCAUUGGGUCAGCUUCUUGACUACUUGGAAGACUCGCUCCCAGUCCUGUACGACUACUUGACGACCGAGGGAAUGACAAUGGUGAUUACUCGCCUCUGGAGGGAGAUACUUAUCACGAUCGAGUCCCUCUUGGUGCCUCCACUUUCGACCGAGGUCUCUACGCGCACUCCCUUAACCGAGAUUGAGAUGCACGUCGCUUUUAAGAUUGUCGAGUUCAUCAAACUUUAUUUGAAUGGUGGUGAUGCAGGCGAUGGCUUCCCACUGAAGGUGCUGGAGAUUCCCAAGUACAAGGACCUGUUGACUGUUCGUCCGAUCUACGACUCGUCGAGCGAGGAGUUAAUGGAGGAGUACAACCGGUCGCUGUCUGUGCCAGGUCGGGGUCGACUGAAUCGACAGCAGAGCGACUUCGAGCGCCGACCUGCGGGAGCGGCGGCCAAGAGACCAGGUCCUGGAUCGAUGACACCCAACCCAGAGACGGUGCUGAGGAUCCUGAGGAUGCGACAGGGCACGGCUGUGGAGGAGUUUUUGACGAGUGCGAUUGAGACGCAGUCGCAGGCGCGUCAGGCCCGAGCCAAGGCGAAGCGGGAGCAGGUCCUGUACCAGAGACAGUUGAUGAAGGACCAAGAGUACUAA